GUCAAAGUGAAAGUAAAAGUUUUCAAAUCGGAUGACCAGACGCCAUCUCGCAGGAUUCAAAACCAGAAAAUACCUUCACACGUUACGGUACAUGCAGAGGUGCAUUAACACACAGGAUUCAACGGCCUGAAGCCCACGGGCCUACACUGAAGACGUACAAGCAUGGAAUCAAGUCUCAUCUAGCAGGAAAAGAAGCAGAGAAGCCUGCAGAAUUUGUGUGCAUGAGAUAAAUGAGGAGAAACCUGUCUGUGAAAUGAGUCUCUAUGAGGAGAAAGAGCAGGAGGCCUCUGUUGACACUCAGAGAGCAGCAUCUCCAGGAUUCAGCUGUGUGUCUAUGAAGAGUAACAGAUCCAUGCCUCUGCCUCCUGAUCUCAGUGACGUUGAUGCUCAGAGAGCAGGGUCUCCAGGAUUCAGCUGUGUGUCUAUGAAGAGUAACAGAUCCAUGCCUCUGCCUCCUGAUCUCAGUGACGUUGAUGCUCAGAGAGCAGGGUCUUCAGGAUUCAGCUGUGUGUCUAUGAAGAGUAACAGAUCCAUGCCUCUGCCUCCUUAUCUCAGUGACGUUGAUGCUCAGAGAGCAGGGUCUUCAGGAUUCAGCUGUGUGUCUAUGAAGAGUAACAGAUCCAUGCCUCUGCCUCCUUAUCUCAGUGACGUUGAUGCUCAGAGAGCAGGGUCUUCAGGAUUCAGCUGUGUGUCUAUGAAGAGUAACAGGUCCAUGCCUCUGCCUCCUUAUCUCAGUGAUGGAGCUGCUGUGAUUUCUGACCCUGGUAUCAUCAACAGGAAUAAAAAGAGAGCCACAUCUCCAGUAUCCAGCUCUGUGUCUGUGAAGAGAAACAAAUCCAUUGGUCAGUCUCCUUAUCUCAGUGAUGAACCUGCUGUGACCUCUGACCCUGUUGCUGGUAGAGCUGACCAGAUCGGAUACAUAUCCUGUCAGACCUCCACAUCCUCCUACAGUCAUAACCACAUCAGUCAUCAUGACACAGAAGCAGAUCUGCAGCUCGAUUCUCAUCAACCAGAGCAUGAUGAUCUACAGAGAGUCAAAGACCAGCACAAAACCAGCAUGAAGAACAAGUAUGAGAGCUUAUUUGAGGGAGUCAAACUACAAGAGAAUCAAACCCUCCUGAACAGGAUUUACACACAGCUGUACAUCAUAGAGGGAGAGAGUGAAGGAGUGAAUAAAGAACAUGAAGUGCUACAGAUGGAGAAAAGUUACAGGACACUCCAAGACACUCCAAUCAACUGCAAUGACAUCUUUAAUCCUUUACCUGAACCAGGAGAUGAGGAGAAGAGAAGAGAGAAGAAAGACACAAUAAAGACUGUUCUUACUAAAGGCAUCGCUGGAAUUGGAAAAACCGUCUCUGUGCAGAAGUUCAUUCUGGACUGGGCCGAGGGAAAAGCCAAUCAGGAUGUAGAUUUCAUGUUUGUGCUUACAUUUAGAGAGAUGAACUUGAUUAAAGAUCAUCAGUACAGUCUUCACAGACUUCUGCUUGACUUUCAUCCUGAACUUCAGUAUCUGGACUCAAAGAUUUAUGAUGAAUGUAAAGUUGUGUUCAUCUUUGAUGGUCUGGAUGAAAGCAGAAUUACACUGAUGUUUUCAGACAGUCAGAAAGUUUCUGAUGUGACUGAGAUUUCAUCAGUGGGUGUGUUGAUGUCAAACCUCCUGAGAGGAGAUCUGCUUCCCUCUGCUCUCAUCUGGAUCACCACCAGACCAGCAGCAGCCAAUCAGAUCCCCUCCAACUACAUCAACCGUGUGACAGAGAUUCAGGGAUUCAAUGACCCUCAGAAGGAGGAAUAUUUCAGGAAGAGAAUCAGUGACGAGCAUCAAGCCAGCAGAAUCAUCUCACACAUCAGAAGAGCAAGAAGCCUCCACAUCAUGUGUCACAUACCCGUCUUCUGCUGGAUCUCAUCCACUGUGCUUCAAAACAUCCUGAAACAAGAUCUCAGUGCAGAAAUCCCUCAAACUCUGACUGAAAUGUACAUCUACUUCCUGCUCAUUCAAACAAAGAUGAGGAACCAGAAGUAUGAAGAGAGACAUCCAGAGAAACUCCUGCAGUCCAACAGAGAAGUGAUUGUGAAACUUGCUGAACUGGCUUUCAAUCAGCUGACGAAGGGCAAUGUGAUGUUUUAUGAGGAGGACCUGAGAGAGAGCGGCAUAGACGUCACUGACGCCUCAGUGUAUUCUGGGAUCUGCACUGAGAUCUUUAGAGAGGAAUCUGUGAUUUAUCAGAGGAAGGUUUACAGCUUUGUACAUCUGAGCUUUCAGGAGUUUUUUGCAGCACUGUUUGUGUUUUUCUGCUAUUUAAACAAGAACAGUGAGGUUCUGAAGAUGUUCCUGACAGGAAAGUCCAGAACUCAGAGUGUUUCUCUGGAUGUGUUUCUGAAAGGAGCAAUGAAUAAAGCCUUAAAGAGUAAAACUGGACACCUGGAUCUCUUCCUUCGGUUUCUUCAUGGCGUCUCACUGGAGUCCAAUCAGAGACUCUUACAGGAAGUACUGAUACACACAGAGAACAACCCAGAGAACAUCAAAAAAAUAACCCAAAACCUCAAACGAGGUCAGAAAAAUAACGUCAGUCCUGACAGAUGGAUAAAUCUGUCACAUUGCUUGAUUGAGAUGAAGGAUAACUCAGUUGUUGAAGAAAUGCAGGCAUUUUUAAAUUCUGGAAAUACAAGUAAAAGUCUUUCUCUUGCACAAUGUUCAACUUUGGCAAACAUAAUCCUGAUGUCAGAGGAGGUGCUGGAUGAGUUUGAGCUUAAAAAAUUCACCACUAAAUCAAAAGAUGGGAGACAGAGACUGUUACCUGCUCUGAGGAACUGCAGAAAAGCUCUAUUGACAGGCUGUGAUCUCACUGAUCAACACUGUGAAAUCGUAGCUUCAGUUUUACAAUCAUCAAACUCCCUGAGAGAGCUGGACCUGAGUAAAAGUCAUCUGCAGGAUUCAGGAGUGAAGCUGCUCUCUGCUGGACUGAAGAGUCCAAACUGUCAACUCAACAAACUGAGAUUGUCCAGCUGUAAUCUCACUGAUCAGUGCUAUGAGAUUUUGGCUUCAGCUCUACAAUCAUCAGACUCCUCCCCGCGAGAGCUGGACCUGAGUAACAAUGACCUGCAGGGUUCAAGAGUAGAGCACCUAUGUGCUGGACUGAAGAAUCCAAACUGUCAAUUCAACAUACUGAGAUUGGUUGACUGCAAACUCACUGAUCAGUGCUGUAAACCUGUUGCUUCAGUUUUACAAUCAUCAAACUCCCUGAGAGAGCUGGACCUGAGUAACAAUCAUCUGCAGGAUUCAGGAGUGGAGCUGCUCUCUGCUGGACUGAAGAGUUUAAACUGUCAACUCAACAUACUGAGAUUGGCUGAAUGCAAACUCACUGAUCAGUGCUGUAAACCUGUUGCUUCAGUUUUACAAUCAUCAAACUCUCUGAGAGAGCUGGACCUGAGUAACAAUCAUCUGCAGGAUUCAGGAGUGGAGCUGCUCUCUGCUGGACUGAAGAGUUUAAACUGUCAACUCAACAAACUGAGGUUAUCUCAGUGUUUGGUGACAGCAGAAGGAUGUGCUGCUCUGGCAUCAGCUCUGAGUUUAAACCCAUCACACCUGAGAGAGCUGGAUCUGAGCUACAAUCACCCAGGAGAAUCAGGAGUGAAGCUACUCAGCCACCUGGAAAAACUCAAUGUGGAUCAUGGAGGAGACUUCAUGAUCACAGGACUCCACAAAUACGCCUGUGAUCUCACACUGGAUCCAAACACAGCACACACUCGACUCGUUCUGUCUGAGGAGAACAGAAAGGUGACGUAUGUCUCUGAGUAUCAGUCGUAUCCUGAUCAUCCCGACAGAUUUGGUUAUUGGCGUCAGGUUCUGUGUUCAGAGAGACUGACUGGACGCUGUUACUGGGAGACUGAACGGAGCGGAUAUGUUGAUAUAUCAGUGUGUUAUAAAGAAAUCAAGAGGAAAGGAGGGAGUAAUGACAGUAGGUUUGGACGUAAUGAUAUCUCCUGGAGUCUUGAAUGCUCUGAUCACGGAUUCACUGCUCGUCACAAUAAUAAAGAGACUCGUAUCUCUGUUGCUCCAGACUCCUGUAAGAGAGUCGCAGUGUUUCUGGACGAGUCGAGCGGCUCUCUGUCCUUCUACAGCGUCUCUGACACACACACACUCACACACUUACACACAUUCACACACACAUUCACUCGACCUCUACACGCUGGAUUUUACCUUUAUACAAACUCUUCAGUGUCUCUGUGUCACAUUAAACACUAAACACACACUCACUCACUCACACACACACACACACUUACACACAUUCACACACACAUUCACUCAACCUCUACACGCUGGAUUUUACCUUAAUACUUACAACUCUUCAGUGUCUCUGUGUCACAUUAAACACUAAACACACACACACUCACACUCACACACACAUUCACUCAGCCUCUACUCGCUGGAUUUACACUUGGUUAUUGUAACAACUCUUCAGUGUCUCUGUGUCACAUUAAACACACACACACACACACACACACACACGCGCACACACACACACACACACACACACACACAGACUAGUACACACAGGUUGAGUGUGUAAUGAUGUGAAAGUGUGUGUUUUAAUCUGAACUCCUGUGAAUCUCAUCUUCAGGAAGUUGAACAUCAGUUUCCUGUUUCUGAUCAUCAUGAAGAUGUUUCAGUCACACACACAAACAGACAAAUACACAAGUGUGUGUGUGGAAUCAGCUCAUAUUUACACUGCUCUUUCAUAUUUCUCUGACUCUAUUUUCACGAGUUCACGUCAUUGUAGUGUAGAGUUCAGAAUAAAAUUACUUCAUCAUCAUCAUCAUUAUUGAUAUUAUUAUAAUUAUCAUGUGUCUGAAACCAACAUUCAAAGCACUGCUGGAGAAAAGUGUUUAUGCAGCUGUACAUUAAAAACAUUAAUGUGAAGAA